UUGGACAAUUUAUACAAUCAGGUUUCAUCGCUUUUCUUUCUGGUUGUUACACAUUUUCUAUUUUACGAAGCAAGGAUUCUCAAAAGGACAUUCUUUUCCUUUUAGAUGAACAGUUUCUGAGGAAAAGUAAAGGAUUUCAGUCCUAACAUCACCACUUAUCUUUUGUGUGACAACAUGAGGAUGUUAAUUUUUCUGCUGUUAUGUGGCACUUCAUCACCUGGUUAAGAUGGGAAUAUUAACGGACCUGAACCAGAGUGAAGCUGUUCACAUUUUACAGGUUAUUAUUGGCUGUAAAUGGGAGGAAAAGACAAAAGAAACCACCUCGUUUUUACAGUUUGGAUAUAAUGGAGCCGACUUCAUCAAAUUUGACCCAAAGAAGUUGACAUGGAUUCCUCAAACUCCCCAGGCUGCCAGCAUCAAACCAAAAUGGGAAGCUGAUGAAUCUACAUACCAUUUGAAGCGCAACAAGGACUUCUUAAAUCAAAUAUGCCCUGAUUGGCUGAAGAAAUAUAUGGCCAAUAACGAAGGCCCUCUGCAGAGCACCGUUCUUCCCUCAGUGUUUCUCCUCCAGAAGUCUCCUGACUCUCCAGUCAGCUGCUCCGCUACUGGUUUCUAUCCCAACAAAGCUGCGAUGUUCUGGAGGAAGGAUGGAGAGGAGAUUCAGGACGGUGUGGACAAAACAGAGAUCCUCUGUAACCAGGACAACACCUUCCAGAUGAGAACAGACAUUAAUGUUUCAUCUGUGAACCCUGAAGAUUGGGAAAGAUACGAGUGUGUGUUUCAUCUGGUGGAUGUCAAAGAUGAUGUUGUCAGCAGACUGGAGAAAGAAAAGAUCCAAAGCAACUGGGGAAAGACGCAGAAACAUAAUGAAGAGGAAAAGCCCAUCGGCAUGAUAGUUGGGAUCACUGCUGCAGGGGUUUUUGUUAUAAUUGUUGCUGCUGUUGGAUUUACAGUCAUCAAAAAUAGGAAAGCUCCCAUCAACAGCAUUGAAUUGUCUGAGAGACUCAGUCAAGAAACCAGACUGAAGUCAAAUCUGGACUCUAACAAGUUUAGAGCAGAAGAGAAAAUUAUGUUCAGUAACUUUGAUUGAAUGAACCAAGUUUGCAUUCAAAACAUUUUGAGUUCUUCAUUGCAAGUCUGUAAAGAUGUAUUAAACUCUGCCUAAUUUAAGAAAACCAUUUAUUUUGUAUUGUAAUUACAUUGUAUUUUGUAUUGUAG